AUGAAACUCUUCAAGUGCCUCACGGGGAUGGUCAUCCUCAUGUCUGUGUUUUCCGUCUACUCAGGCCAUAGAGCAAUGACCGUUGUCUGCUCCAUCGACUGGUUGAUGGUCACAGUCCACCCAUUCUUGCUGAACAGCGAUGUGUAUGUGUACUUCCACGAGUUAUAUUUGGGCCGUGGUUGCCCUGUCAACCACAUUGAGCCACAUAUCUAUGAGUUCACCUACCGUGUUACUGAAUGUGGCAUCAGAGCCAAGGCCAUUUCUCAGAGCACAGUUCUCUACAACACCGAGUUGUACUAUAUUUCAAAAGCUACAUCAUCUAAACACAUUAUCCCACUGGCAUGUGCUGCCUCCCGAAAGUUCUCAUGGUUCACUCCACCCUUCCCUGCAGAUCUACCCAGGGAGAGAGGGAUCACAGUCCAGAAUGACGAAACAGCAUAUGCUGUGUUCUCAUUGGCCCAGUUCACUCACAGGCCCCAAUGCGAUUGUCCACCUUUUGUUCAUAAUGAACAAGGGCAGACCUCUCAACAAGCAGAGGCUGCAGGGCCAGACCCUACACUGGUGCCUUCCCUUAUGAAUGUACCUGAUCAUUGGGCCGCUCCCAGCCGCUCUCCGCUGGUUGCAUCGCUCGCCUCCUCGGUGCGCUCAGCUCCAGCCCUGCUCCGCCUCCGCCACGCUGCUCUCCGGGCUUCACCCGCCGCCGCCGCCGCCGCCGCCGCCGACACCGCCGCCGACGCUGACGCCGCCGCCGCCCGCCAGCCAGACUCUCGGUCCCGGUUGCUCGGCGCCCGCCUCGGGGCGCCCUGCAACCUCGACCCUCUCAGCCGCCGCCGAGCCGCUCCGCAGGAAAAUCCCAGAAACCUUUGCAAAGAACUGACAAUGAAAUUUAAGAAGUUCUUCGAUUUCGGCGCCAUUUUCGAGUGGAGCGAGAGGUAA